UUGUGACCUUGACAUGAGAGCUACCUAGCGGCCGAUAUGGGAAGCAGAAAGCCCGCGCGUCUUCCCGCCAUUUCGACUAUAACGCACGAUAUACACACAGGCUGUUCAUGGAGUCUCCGGAAUUGAUCAAGCAAGUGAAAAAAAGACCGGCGAUAUGGAGCAACGGUGCGAAAGAACACAAGAAGAUGGCCAUCGCUUGGCAGCAGAUCUGCAAGAUGGCUUGGACAGACUUCCCCACACGGACAACGGACGAGAAACGGACCAAAUGUCUGGAACUGCAGAAGAAGUGGGACCGGCUGAGACAGUCUUUUGUCAGAGACCAUCUCCGUCAGGUCGAUGGAAAGGAGCGAGGAGUGCAGAAAAGUCCUUACUAUGAUCAGCUGUUGUUCCUUGCACCAACCAUAAGGAAGAAAAGCUCUGCAACCACAGCCUCCACAAACAAUUCCGCAAGUGCUGAUGUGACCCCUAGGCUCUCCACUUCCAGUUCUACCUCCACCUCUGCCUGUACAAGCCUCAACAUCAGCCUCCUGGAGCGAGAUGCCGAGGAGGACCGACAAUUCCUGCUAUCCUUGGUCUCCUUCAUGCAGGACGUGCCUCGGUCCGACAAGCUGGCCCUCAGAUCUGAGAUAUUGCAGGUCAUCUCCAAGUACACUGACCGCCCCAGGACACCACCUGCUUUGUCCCAGGAGUACUGAUGUCAUGUAUGCUGAAGCUCAAGCCAUCACAUUUCUGGUUUCCUAAAUUAGGUGAACCUAUCGACAUUGUGAUCUAAAGGUAUGCUUUCUGAUACAGUGUAGGAGACGGAAUAUCUGAGCGUUUUGCAGGGUGCUCUUGAAACGUGAUGGGCAUUUGCCUUAAGUCAAGCAGGGAUCAAGUGAUAUACAGACAUUUUUUCUGACUCAGUGGAAGAGUUGUUGGGCUAUCAAUUUGUUAUACAGUGUACUUCUCGAGAUUGAUGCAAUUUAGCCUUAAUAAUGUACAAGGUUCAGAUAUGAACUGAUAUUUUACAAAUUCUGUAUUACUUAAAUCUCAAACCACUGAACUACUGGAGUUUUCUACAAGCAGUGGUGCUCUAGACUUUUUCAAUGCACAAUAAGCUUCGGUUGCAAUGUCUGAACCCUGAGUGCCCUUGACAUUGGCAUUGGUAGAAAAUGGUCUUCAACAAUAUGUUUUUAAGUUAUUGUGCAUUUUGUUUCGCAUUUCUCGAUACAUCCCAGUGAAUUUUACUAAUGAAUUACAUAGUUACAAUUUCAACUGAUAUUUUGCAAUGUUUACAAAUCUGUUUUACUUUUAACAAUUUGAAACCAUUUAUUCAAUUUAUUUUAUUUUAUUUUUAUUUAUUUAUUCAGUAAUGCCGGUGACAUUGGUAUUGUACAAACAUGAGUAUUUUCUGAUUCAGUUGAGUUGUUGUAUUACAGUAUUAAUUUGUUCAGUGUACUUGAA